UAAAGACGAAUGAAUAAUAUUUACGUUUUAAUCAAACUCAAUUCAAUUUAAACUCAAGAUCAGUAAUUCAUUAAAUUUUUAGUUGUCAUCCGAUUAAAUAUCAGUUUUUUAUAAUCAUGGGCGAUAAUGAAUCAUCUCCAGACAUUGACAACCUUUGCAGUUGUUUCGAUCAAGCUUUUAAGCUUAUAAAUGAAUUGGAUGGCAGUGAUUUACCAACAAAUGAUGUUAAUUUUCAGAAAAAAGUUACCGAAUCAAUAAAGCUACUGGAGCGAUCAACUGAAAUGGUUAAUCAAUUGAACUUAUUCAGUAAUAAUGAAGCUAUUGAAGAUGUGCCCAAUUCAUCUAUAAAAUAUCUACUUCUUCCUGUCCUAUUGGGUUAUCUGCAUACGAAAUUAACAGGCAAAAAUAGGAUGGAAUGUCUGAGAAUUUCUGAUAUAUAUUUCAAAGAUUACCUGAAACGUAUAAAAUUAUACGAAGUCUGUCCGAUCGGUAUUGAUUUAGAUGAACUUGAAGAUGAUGGUGAUAAUGAAAAUGAUAAUAAUGCUGAAAGAGCUAUUGAGAAAGUUAAUAUUGACAGAAAAGGUAUGAGUUCAAUCGCAGAUCUCCAAGCUUUGGGAAAAGAAAGACAAGCUAAGAUUGAAAAUUUCAGAAGACUUAAAGAGGCCCAAGAAAAGUUAGAAACUCUCGAAGGUUUAUUAGACAAGGAUGAAACCACUGAUGAACAGAAAAGAGAAUAUUAUAUUCUGUUAAUUAAAAAAUGGGUCUCAACUGCAAUUGAAGAAAUCCAUGGCAUCAAAAAAGAAAAAGCAAUUCUCAAAAUGAUUGGACCACUGGAUAGAAAGAAACUCGAGUCUGCAGACAAAAGCAAAACAGAGCCUCUCAAACCGUUCAUUAUAACGAGAACCGAAUUACAAAAGCAAGUCUUUGGAUUAGGAUAUCCAAGUGUUCCUACAAUGUCUAUAGAAGCAUUUAUCGAAAGCAAGAUUCAAGAAGGCUCAUUGUCUGAAACAAAACCAGGGCAAAGUAAUAGCUUAAUGAGUUGGGCUCAGAAUCCUGACCUUAAAAAGCAACAAGAUGAAGAUGAUGCUGCUGCCAAAGAAAAGGCCGAUGACGAGGAAGAUGCUGACGCUUUAAGAAAGGCUAGAGGAUGGGAUGAAUUCAAAGACGAUAAUAAAAGAGGAUGGGGAAAUCGUUACAAUCGAAGUUGAUUAAAUCAUUCUGAUUUGGUGGAGUGAUCAAAACCGUGUACAAAAAACUGUGUAAAUCAUGAAAUAAGCAAAAUCUUAUUGCCAAUUAAAGCUGAUUCUUAAUUGAAAAAGUA